AUUCUUCAUGGUUGUUUAUAUAUAAAAAUCCUUUCAACCCACAAUUUUUUCAUUUUAAAACUCUUUAAACUACGAUUAAAUAUAAUUCUUAUACUACCCUUUAAAAAACUUUCUUUUGUGAAUAAAAUUCAAAUGCCUAUAUCUAAUAUAUGUCAUUAUGAACAUGAAAUUACUUGGGUUCAUAAUGAAAUAGAUGAUAUUUAUAGUGAACAAGUUGAUGAUUCUGAUAAAGAAGACGAUCAAGAUGAGGUUUCUUAUGAAUCCUUAAAUAGUCAAGACUUUCAAGGUGCAACUCGUUCAUUGUCCAAAGAUAACGAAGAAAUUGACCGUCUUCAUUUACAACAUUAUUAUUUUAAAUAUAUUUGGCAAAAAAAUUUCUCUGCACCAAUUGAACAUAAAUUGAAGGAAAAUGCCCGCGUCUUAGAUGUUGGCUGUGGUGCAGGAACUUGGUUGUUAGAAAUGUCAACAGAUUUUCCACGAUCAACUUUUGUAGGCGUGGACAUUGCGACUAUGUAUCCUUCGGACGUUAUGCCUUUGAAUUGUGAGUUCAUGCAGUGCAACGUUCUCGACGGAAUACAAUUCGCUGAUAACACAUUUGACUUCGUCCAUACGAGAUUGAUGACCUUUGCAUUCAUUGAUAAUGAAUGGUUUGAGAAAGUCAUCAAUGAAUUAAUAAGAGUUUUGAAAACUGGUGGAACGUUAGAAAUUAUGGUAAUAGACGAAUAUAAAACACAAGGACCUGUAACAGCUCAAUUGUGUAAUGCAUAUCGCGUUAAAGAUUAUUUAAAUUCUACAAAUCAACUUAAAGACAUUGUUCAAGAAGAAAAGUUAGUCCCAACCGGAAAAUUGGCAGGAAAUUUUGGAAUAUCAUUUGAAGAUUUACAUAACACUUGGCCUUCGGUUCGAGUACCUUUAUCAACCCAUAUGGGUAUUUCAUCUGAAAAUUUUGAUGAACUUGUUGAUAAAUGUGUAAAUGAAAUUGACGAAUUUAAAACAUGUUUUAACACUGCAAGAAUUUAUGCCAUUAAAAACUAAAAUGCAUUAAAAUUAAUAAUGUUUGUUUUAAAUUACUCU